UUUAAAAAAGCAGAUAAAAAAGAUGAUUUCUGUAACCACAGGAUGCGACUUAUAUAUUUAUACAACUAGAUAACAUCGCAUCGAACUUAGUUAUUCAUCAAAGUGUAUUUCCGUCUCUUAAUUAUUGGGAGUAAUGUUGAAAUGGUUUCAUUCACCCUGCAAUUUUUAAAAUGGUAUGAAAGGCAUUUUCUAUAUCCUGUAAUAGUAAGCAAUGGAUCAAAAACCUCCACGGCCGCAAACUUUAAGGAUUGGAUCUCCAAACAACAAGAGAACACAAAGAACUUCUAGACAUAGACGAACGCCAUUAAAGCGAAAUCCGUUAGAGCUUCAGCUCCUGGCAGAGGAUAUUAAAGGUAUCAUUGAAGAUAUUUCUUUCGAAACUGCAGAAGAAGAACAAAAUGAAGACGGAUUAAGGAGGUCUUAUGUAGGAAUUCACCGACGCUCGACUGUUGACCGAUCACAACGACGACCACCUCGAGACGUCAUUUCGGCAUUUUAUCGAGAAAAGCAAUCGAAACGAAAUGAAAUUGCUAUUUCGGACCAACCAGGAAGUUUCGAAUCAGAAAAGAGACAACCCGAGUAUAAUAAGCGGGUUUCUUGUCCAUGGGAUUUACCAUAUUUUAACCAGAGUCACGAAGGGACACCAUUGGAAAUUUUAGCUCAGGAAUUGAAAUAUGCUCGAGAUGUACGAGAAAAGGAGCUUCGCAGUCUCUUACAUUUUAACAGUAAACUGCAAAAUGAUUUGUUGGAUAAUGAUAGAGAAAUGUGCAGUUUGGAAGAAAAGAAUGCCAUCUUAGAAAAGAAAUAUGAUGAGAUGCUAAAAGUUUACGAACGAAUACGUGAAAAUUUGAAGAGAUGUUUGACAAAAGUUAAAGAUUUAGAAUGUAUCGGUCGAUUAUCGUCAGCAAACAACUCGGAUGAUGAAUCUAUACACAGAGUGGAAACCUUCCAAGCUGUUGCUGAUAGUCUGUCAUCGGGUAUAAACACUUGGAUGUCAGAUGCCUCAUCUAUAUCAACUUCUGUCAACGGUUACGAUGGUGAUGGUGAAAACUCAUUGCAUACUUCUACGUACAAUAAAAACCAAGACCAAGAAAACAAAUCAAAUGACUACCAAGAAUGCGGACAAAGUAGAGAGGAUUCAAAUGGCACAAUGUCACCAACACCAAUGGCUGAUCGACAGCUGCUAAUGAGGUUACAGGCAGAUGUAAAUUCUCUAUCAUUAGUUAAUUCGGAACAAUCUCAGGAAAUUGAACGACUCCGCAGUGACCUUUCGUCGUGUAGAAAACACAUGUCUAGUACCCAGUUCCAGUUAGAGGCUGUUGAAAUAGAAUGUAGCCGGCUGUUGUCAAUGGAAGAUCAACUUAUUUCUAUUGUCAAUUUGUUGAAAUGGUCCAAGGAAAAGCACGUUCACAGACAAAUACUCGGGGAUCAUAUUUAUGCUGCCGUAGAUGCUGCAAUGCGCGGAGACUACAUCUCUGCAGGGUUACCCGCCGAUCUAUUUCUGAGAGAAUUACAAGAUCAACUGUCAGCCAAUCCAAUACUAUCUGUCGAUGGAAAACUGGAAGAAGAACCAGCACGACCACAUUCUAAAAGCAGCGACAAAAGAAAGGGGAUGCACUUUGAUCAUAGAAUAAUGGAUCAAAUAAAAUUUGCGGACGACGACGAAGAACCAUUCAGCGACACAGAUUCUUUUCAUAGUCUUGGUAAACAUUUGAACGAUACAGAAGAACCCUGACCAGUCAUUCAGGACACUGAAUUUCUUGUCAAUGAAAGUUGUCAAUAAGAAAUUAUCUUCAUUUUACAAUUCGAAACGAAAAAAAUGAAGAAAAUUAAUGUCGUUCCACUGUUGUCGCUAGAAAUCACUCUCAAAAUAAAAAAAAAAUUAUUACAACUGAUCUGUCAAAUGGAGAAAAUGUGUAUAAUUGGUAUUGCCAGAGACAUAUAGUACAGAGACAUAUAGUACAGAUACAUAAUACUAGUACUAUAUGUCUUUGGUAUUGGCAAUAUGUGC